AUUUAGAGUUGACCUCACAGAUGUGUCCGUCGUUACACGUGUCUUUUGUUCAAUAUCAUGAGCUUCAGUACAAGGUAUGAUUUCUAAAAGAUAAGAAUAGAAAGCGACCUUUUGCCAUAGUUGAUUAUUUAAAAACGUGUGAUUGCUGUUGUUGUUGUUUUUUUUAUACGGAUAUAUCAGUUCACUUUUUCAGUGAGUUCUUUAGGUUUGUAGCCCGCAUUCAAAGCUUGGCAGCUGGACGAUUCAAUUGAAAAUGUGACCUAUCAGUCGCAAAAAUUAUCUGGGAAUCUCUCAAAGCCAGACGAUUCUUUAAGCCUCAAAUGUAUGAUUUUGCUCAGGAAAAAGGAAAAUGUCUGAGUCAUUCUGCCAGCCAGCCAGCCAGCCCUAUCCCUCCGAGGGAAAAACGCUGAAUGGUCAGGAUCACUGAUUUGGCUUGCGAGAAGAAUUUUUCAGAUCAAACUGAGGCAAUUGUAGGCUUAACUUAUUGUAGACUUGAUUCAAGUUUCUAUCCAUGAUGUUGAUCGAUAUUUCAGGUGGCUUGAUUAGUUAUUAAUUUAAAGAAAAAACAAACAGAGAACGAAGCAAAAAACAAAGAACAUUCUAAUUCUGAGGUGUACAGCAAACCUUAAUCGAUUUCAUAUCGUUAGCAGCAAGGGAUUAUAAACUGUUUACAUUCUCUUUCUUAGCAGUCAGACCAAAACGUUUCAAACACUAAAUUCUUUGGUAUCAGAUACAUCUUGUAGCCUAUACGAGGGCACGCACCCCCCGGGCUUACAAAGUUUUCAAUUAAGGUAAUAAACUAUUGUGCACCAUGAUUUCAUUAAAAUUUCUUUCUAUGUACUUUUCUUGGUGACCGAAUUUUUCAGCAACUGACGUCUUUUUCCACCACGCUAAACAUUUGCAAAAGAUGAAAGAUGGUAACUUUGAGCUAUUUUUUUGAAUUUAUUCGCAAUUACUUUCACUCAUAAAAAAAGAGACAAUUUGUCUUAGCACGAGUACCGCAGCUACCACUCAGCGGGGGCGACGAAUCAAGCUUCCUAUAUAAACAUCAAUUUACUCUUUUAGAUGGAUGAAAACAAGACCGCAGAGGAGUUUGGUCAUUAUGAAAUUAUAGAAGUUGUAAUGGACGUUGGUUUUUGGAAUAGACGAAACAACUUAGAAAUGAAAAAGACUAUUGUUGCCAUUUUCACCCAGAAUGAACCAGAUCUCUUACAAAGACAACGAAUGCGAUGGGAAAGCUCUAAAUUAAUCAUAUGUUCGAUUCACAGACACAAUCAAAUUGACUCAUGACACAAAACAAAGAUAACAUUUGGAUAAAAUUAACAUUAAAAUUAAAAACAAGAAUUAAUUGUGGAUAAAAAUUUACUCUUCACAACAAAUUAAAAAAAAUCCUUGCUGCUAGAGGACUUUUUUCCCCUCCCUUUAAAAUUGCUCAUGUUUGUGUCACAAUCUUUCCUUCUAUGUAGGAUAAAACACUAUUUUGUCUUUAGCAAAGAACUGAAUGAUUUUCGUUUAAUUUGUUGACAGUCAUUAAUAAUGUGAAGACCGGCAAGAAAAACUUAAAAGUUUAAGUAGUUAUUGUUGUAAAUAUCCGCUGUUUUUUCCACUGCUUAUUUAAUUUUUCGGAAGAAUAAUUGAUCCAAGAAUCAUCUUAUAAAGGAAUUGGGAAAUUAAUCACGUUUAGGAACAUUGGAAAAUCCCAGCGCGAUUCAAUCUAAUUCUUCAUCUCGUGCCCAGGCCAGGCAAUGAAUGCUAACAAGAGAUCAUAACGGGACUUACGACCCCUUGAUGCUAAAAGAUAGCUUCUUUGUAAGAAAAGCUAUUACUUUAUACUCAGGAAAUGAAAAAACCAAAAAUAUUUUUAGACCAAAGUACAUGCACUCAUUAAAGUGCCGCGUUUCAUCUCAUCUUGAAACCACUAAGAUGUUUAUAUUGAAUAAAUUAACGAUGCGGAAAUGUUAUUCACCCUGUUGUUAAGUUUAAAGUUAGCGGUCUGUACCGAUGAUAUUACUUGCCGUGAAAAAUAAAUUCCAAAAACCUUGGCCACGGUUGUUCGAAGGUUAAAUAACGCGAUCCACUGGAUAAAACUUUAUAUGGUGGAUAAUGCUAUACGUUUUGCUAUCACUCAUCCGUCGCAUAGCAAUUUAUUCGUUAGAUAGCGUCAUGCAAUCUUUUUACUACUGAGCCAUGAUGAUUAUAGAAAGAGGUAACUAACAGACUGGUGACCCUCCAGUCCAGUGUUUUCUUUCUUCCUUCUCUCGCCCUCUCUCUUUCUAUUUUUUUCUGUUUAUGCUACCUCAACUGAACAUUCCCUGGACUUGAAAUAGCGGAAGACUUUAAACAAUUGGGCUCUUACAAAGUGAUGGGUGAUUUCCAGCUUCCUUGUUUUCGUUGUCUGAGUUGAAAAGAUUAACCUUAAAGAAUUUUUUAUAUGUUAACAUUUAUUUGCAGUUUGCGAAGCGAAGACAAAUACGUGUCAUCUUUCCUUUGCAAACUGUCGUAUUGGAUCGCUUUUUUGAAUAUCUUACUUAUCAUAUACUUAUCACAUGAAUAUUUGUUUCGUUAUUGGCUUUAGGCAUAUCCCACGGCUACGUCUGUACACGAACAAACUCGAUUAAGUGGAAAAGGACUGAAAACAGAAGAAAUUAGUCAGUGUUCUGUUUUCAAUAUCAUGAGCAGAAUCAGGAUUUUCCCGUGUAACUUCCUGUUUCACUGCAAAUUAGAGUGUUUACAAGAAGCUGUCUGCUACCUCAGCCAAUUGAAAACGAGCUUUCAUUUAAUCCCAAGCGCGCCAUCUGCGGCUAUUCCUAUUGUAAUUAAAGUUGUCUUUUGUUUUCUCACAGCAAGGUGUCACCGACGUCACGAGAUCCAUUUUCGGCUCUUCGCAUUGAAUCUUAUAAUUUACGUGAUGUUCAAGCUAUUAGAUGAAAUUGUAGUGGAUAAAACUACCACACACUAUAUGCUCAUUUCCCCUCCUCAUAACACUCGGAUCGUCUGCAUUGAACAACAAAAGAAGACUUUGCUUUUGGACGUGCACUUUAAAAAUUGAUGGCGCAACUCUCAUCCAUCUCGAACGCUUCCAUCAACACCUCGAUUGUACAACCUACAGUUGCAAAGGCAACAGAUCAAGAUAUCUUGGCUCUUGAGUUGAAAUCGAGACCUGUCUUGUUGGUAGUUUUGGAGUCAUUCGUUCUCCUUUUGAUCGAUUUCGUGGCGUUUUUUGGGAAUUCAAUGGUUUGCCUCGCCUUUUACAAAAACUCAAGACUGAGGAUUAUUCCAAAUUACUUCAUCAUCUCCCUGGCGCUAACGGAUCUGCUAACUUCAGUCUUUUCGUUGCCGUUUUCGGCAGGAGCACUAAUUCUCAGCAGGUGGCCCUUCGGUGAUUGGGCAUGUCAACUGCAAGGCUACUUCGUAUUCGCUUUCAGCAUCGCUUCUUUACACACAAUGGCGCUAACUGCUUGCAACAGAUACACCCGAGUGGUUCAUUCAAAUCUAUACCCAAACCUUUAUACUUCCAAACUGACCAUGACCUCUGUUUUUUUCGUCUGGGCAUGGGCUCUCAUCUGCAGCGCUCUUCCUUUCAUCCUUGGCCUUUCGACGUUUAAUUUUCACCCUGGUACCGUGAUCUGUUACUCCACCCCGUCAUUUACGCCGGAAUUUAUUGCCCUCUUCACCAGCACGCUAAUUAUUAACAUACCUGUGCCUAUGGCAGUUGUUAUUAUCCUCUACCAUAAAGUAUUUCGCGCCAUAAGUCGUCAGCGUCUUAGGGUCUCAACUGAGAGAGGACUAAGGAUCAGCAGUAGUGUCGAGGACAUAAGACUUGCUCAGUUGUUGUUCGCGGUAACCUUAGGGUUCUGUAUUUGCUGGGGUCCUGUAAUGGUCGUGGAGUGUAUUAGAUUCAUAGAUUUGUGGACAGUACCGCGCCAAGUGUACCUUGUAAGCACGUACUUUGGAGCAACCAGCAGUGCUAUAAAUGUUUUUAUCUAUGGAGUUAUGAACAGAGCAUUUCGUGUAGAGUUUGUCAAGAUCUUGUGUUGUAAGAAAAAAUUUUGAGCGAGGUGCAGACAAGACAGUAAUUAUUUAAGGAAAACAACGAAGACGACCGUUACGUAACGAAAAUGCUGCGCGAGAAAAAAUUUUACACAGUAGCAGAAUAAUAACUCUAAAAAAUUAAUACGAUAUAAAAACUUUGUUUAGUUUUCAACAAUCCUACAACAAAAAACAGAAAAAAAAAGAAAGAAAGAAAAAGAAAAGAAAGAACGAGAACUUGAAGUCUUAAAAUUGAACGUGGUCGGAGAACAGGAAUCAUAACAGCAACUUAUUUAAGUUUCAUCUCUGAGCUCGGCGGUGCAUUUACAUGAAUACUAAUGAAAGAUUUGGUGACGCAGCGAUACGGUCAAAUAGGUGUAUAAGUAAUGGGUGAGUGGGUGGGCGAGUUUAGAAUAAGCUAAGAGGCUUAGAGAG